AUGGAUACUGAGGAAUUGAGAUCAAGGAACCCAGUUAAGAUAGGAUACUAUGAUCCCUUUAGUAUCUAUCCAAAAAUCAAAGAUGAUUUUGAAAAGAACUUCCCAUUGACAAAUUUACAUUUAAAAUUCGAAUUGUCUCAACCUUUAAAGUCGAUUCCAUUGUUACCUGUAUCAUUGGUUGAAGAAGUGCCGAAAAAGCAAGAUAUUAUUGAAUCAGAUGAUGUUUAUACGCGUUUAAUGUUUAUUAGAAUUGAAAGUAUUGAUAAAUAUCGAAGUCAGGUUCGACCAUUAAUAAGAGAAUGGCUUAAGCAAUUAGUAUUCAAAUCAAGGAGUUCUUGGAUGAUUAUAUUAUUUGUUCCACAUGAUACAAAAGACAAGCAUUCUAGUUUGAUUAAGACAUCUCGAUUCGAUAAGUUGAGGAAUGAUUUUGGUGAUGAAGGAAAAGAAUUGAAAACAAUCUUACCUGGGAAGCUUCCCGUUUAUGAUGGAGCUCGAUGUUUUAAAUUAAGUGAAAAUGAAAUCAAAAUGAAUAAAACUGAAGCUUAUAAUGGCCUAUUGUCAGAAAUCAAGGUUUUACUUAUCUCUUCAUUCGUGAAUCGCCACAGCAAUUUUCGACAAUUGAUUAAAGAAAAUAAGCAACAUUCAAUAGGUCAGUUUAUGCUGAUGUUAAACCUUGCAGAUUUAUUAAACGAUAUGAGACUACACCAGGAUUCAUUAGAUUCUUAUGAUAAAUUAUUUCGAGAACUUGAGCCCUUAGUUCAGCAAAACCCCAACUACUUCAAUUUAAGCAUCGAUCUACCUAGUUCAUUCGACUCCUAUAAUUUUGAAGAAUCGUUUGAUUCAGUAAAUUUAGAGGUUAGUUUUGUUCAGAAGAAAGACAUAAAUCUAUUUCAGCUACUGUGUUUAGUAUUUAUUAAUCAAUCCAUUUUAUUACAAUCAUUAGCAAAUGCUAGCAGUUCAAUUUCACUUGCUUCAAUAUAUAUGUCUAGAAUAUAUCAACUGCUAAUUGAAUUCCUUAAUGAUCUUUCCAGAACAUCUCCCAAUCAUGAUUUACGCGAAUUUCAGUACUCAGUCAUCGAAUUUUAUUUAAACCUCCCACUAGCACAAAGACUUACAAGUUCUAUAUCUGACACCGAAGAAAGUAAGGCACAAGUCCGAGCCAUUUUAGAAUUCAGAGCAGAGUUGAAAUUGCAGCAAAGAUCGAUCUUGAUAAAGUUGGCAGAAGACAAAAACUAUUGUAUACGUGGAAUAGAGAGUGUAUUGGAAGAGAUUUCCUUGGAUGACAACCAACUGCAUGACAAUACGCAACAGCAAAAGCCACACGAAUUUUCUAAUCCCUCUCUUCUUGCGUGCUUAAAGGAAAAAUCCGAUUUCUUUGACAAAUUUGAAUCAUUGACCAUGGAUAUUAUCCAUGAUUUCAUGCUUUGUAGCCGUUCAAAAUCAAUUGAUGUGCUUUCCAUCGAUCUUGUUAUACUAAACUAUGAAAAGCAAAAUUAUACUCAAUGCUUGGAAAUUUUGAAAGAUUCUUAUGAUUUUUUUAUUUCAAAUGGUUGGAACUUCUUAGGAGGGAUUUUGUUGGAAAUUUAUAUUGGAUGUCUUGAAAAAGUGAAACCUCAAGAAUCAGAUGAAGUAUUGGCAACUUGUUUGAAAUUGUUUUCCUGUCUCGUUAAAAGCAAAAGUGGAAUUAAUUCGUAUGGAUUGAUCAAAACUAAAGAACAGAUUGAAAAGCUAUACGAGAAGAUCAAUGGUUAUUCAUUAAAACAAAAUAUAAAAGUUGAAUGCUCCCUCAAUGAGUUAUUCAAAUCAGAAGUUCUAUUGUAUUUCAAUGCAGACGAAUCUACAAGCAGGGAUAGAUAUUAUGUAAACAUGAGGUUAGAGAAUCGGUUCGGAGUUCCAUUUAUGUUUGACCGCAUUGAAUUAAUAACGACAGAUCAAGAGGGACAUGAAAUUUUGUUUAGACAAGAAAAUGUCGAAAUAUCGUCAGAAAGAAAUCAUACAAUAAAAUUAUUCACCAAUAGUUUCAUUAUGGGCUCUUUUGUUCCAAAGAGACUUUGUGUUUCUGUUAACAAGAUGUUGCAUUUUGUAUUAGACUAUAAGUUAGUUCCAUCGAUAAGAUUUAAUGAUUCUACAAUUGACCCCAACGCGUCAACAAAUCAUGAAAUCCAAGAAAUGAGGCAUUGCACUCAAGCACAAUCAAUGUUAGUUUUUCCGAAUCUUGACAAAUUCAGAGCACAAUUCUACAGUUCAAAAGCAAUGAAUUUAGGUAGUUCUAAUACCUUAUUGAAAAUAACUAAUGGUGGAAAUAGAAUAACUGAUUUGAAAGCUAAGUUAUUCUCGACCACAAACGGAUUAAAGAUCAAUGAUACUGAACUUGAAAUCGACUCGCUCGAACCCAACGAGGUAAAAGAUAUAAUUAUUCCAUAUACUUAUAACUUCGAUAACAAAAUAAUUAACAUGCGGGCACAAAUAGAAUACUUUUCAGACGGUGAGAAAUAUGUCUUUGAAGCUUCAUAUGACAUAAACAUAACGCUACCCAUUUCAGUUUCAGUACAAGAUAUCUUCAAAGAAGAUUUUAUAUAUUGGAAAUUCCAGAUCGGAACCUCGAUUCCUGAAGUACCUAUCAGAAUCUUGGAUACUAAAUUAAGUAUCGAAAAUGACAAAUAUUCAAUUGUGGAACCAGGUAUCAAACUUCCUGAAUUGAUAGCCUUUGGAGAACAAUCAGUUUCAACGUUUUAUAGAAUCAUUCCCAAUGCUGACUGUCAAGUAUCUGAUACAGAUAGCUUAGAUUUGAUUAUUAAAUAUUCGAGUUUACAAGAAGAAUGUGAAGUUUGCAUGGAUGAAUAUGUGAUUCAACAGCUAGAGAAGUUGAAAUUAUCCAGAUACUGGUAUUUAUUGAAAGACGCAUUAAUCUCAAAAAUGCGAUUCGAGUUGAACAAGUAUGCCAUGGAUAAUAUUAUCAAGUUUCAAAAUGGGACUGAACUAAGCACUUUGGGAGAGGCAAUAAUCCAUGAAUUUGUUGAAUCGAUAGCCGACAAAAAGAUAUUGGUUAAGUUAUUGCAUGAUGUGUUAUUUGAACAAGAAGUUCCAGUCAUCAAGAAAGAGGGCAAUAUACUUUCAUUGCAUAUAUCAGUUCCUGUUCCAGUAAUAAAAUAUUUGCAAAUAGUCGAGUAUGACUUUGAAAGGAAUGACAAAUAUGUGGUUGGAGAACCAAUUAAUGUUUCAUUAAGAGUGAAAACAGUGAAUAGAUGGUCUUCAGAUGAAGACUCAGAGAAAUCCCAAGCAGAUGAAUUCCAAUUGAUGUUACAAAAUGACGACAAUUGGUCAAUAUCAGGUUUCAAAAGGAAGAUAUUUAGACAUGAAGCCGAAAAUGAAUAUUCCCUCGAGACUCAAUUAACAUUGAUUCCGUUAAGUAUUGGCAAAAUUCUCUUACCAAGAGUAAGUGUAAAAUCUUCAGAAAAAACGGAACUGGAUGAGAUUUCAAUGGAUGUAGUAUUUAAGAAUGGCUUGGAAUCUUUAUUGAUUGUUCCAGAUGUCAAAAGUAUCACUUUUGCCUUCUAA